CACUGAUGGCCCCUUUGGGAGGGUGGGUCCGGGGACCUGACCACAGCGCUUCCCAAGGGGCUGCGCCCAGGCAGGACCCUCCGAGCGCACAGGCCCUCCUGCCCUCCCCUGGGACUGGGAGACACGCAGGUUCGGUCCGCCGCCCACAGUCCGCCACCUGGGUGGCUGCCGGCUGCUUCGAUCUCCGAAGUGCGGAGCAGACCUGCGGCGGCCGGUAGCGCGGGGAGAGCUCAGGCCCCUCCCCCAGGACCGUGCACAGUCGGGACACUUGUUCCCGAGCCCAGGAGAGGUGCCUGGUUCCUGCGGCUUGUCCCGCCGCUCUGGAGCUGCCCUCGGAGGACUCUGGCCUCCAAUUUCUGGUCCAUAGUAAGAAAACGAGUAGCCCUGGUGUCUGCCUCUCGUGCGUGGCCGGGGAGGUCUUGAUGGUGAUUCCUUCUCUUUCUCCCUCACACAUGACCCCAUGUCAUCCCGGAGCCGCUCUUUUUGGAGUUCCCAUGUGGCUCCCUGAGCCACAGCACAGGAUGUUUAAUAAGAAGCUAGGACUCGGCGUAGGGGUGCCCUCAGCAGGCUCCGGGAAGGACCAGGCCACGUCCCUUCUUGGGGUGAAGUAAUUCACUCAGGCCAAUCAAUGUGCUUCUGAGUUCGGGGAGCGGCCUGCAUGGUGCUCUGGGCUUCCAGCUGCUCUGUAACUUGGGCUGUUGCUUCCUGCAUCGCAGACCCGGAGUGUGAUGAAGACGUGUGUGAAGAGGGCCUGGGGAGGGGUCCAGAUGCCGGGUCCAGGCUGCAGCAGGGCAGCGCAGUUCUUGUCUGCAGUCUCUAGGAAAACCCCUGGAGCUGCAGUUUCCUAGGCUCCCAGUGGUCUUUCCCGGGGCCUGUCCCCUGGGAGCGGAGGGGCCAGGGGCUGUUGGGAAAAACGAUGCUGGCUUUCAGGACAGCUUUGCCCUGGAUCCCUCCUGCCGGAGCUGCCGGGAGCGUGCGGAGGUGGAUGGACUUUGUGAUGGGCUCUCGGUCCCCUGUUGGCAUUCUGGGCUGGACAGUUCUUGGUUGUGAGGGGCUGGCUUGUGCACCACAGGGUGUUCAGCGGCGUCCCUGGCCUCUACCCACUAGAUGCCAGUAGCAUCCCCUACAGACAUUGUCAAAUGCGGAGGAAGGGGUGUAGAAGUGCCCCCACACACUGUUUUGAGCCACUGGUGUACUUGUAAAUGACCUUGCCCUCUCGGCAGGAUCUCGGCAGCCUGCUCCCCACUGUAGGGCACUGCCUUAAUUUGGAGGUGAAUGCAGACAGCUAAACAGUGUUUUUCCUUGCAGGGCUCUGGGGUGAUCAAGGCUGGCUUUGCAGGAGAUCAGAUCCCCAAAUACUGUUUCCCAAACUAUGUCGGGCGCCCAAAGCACAUGCGCGUGAUGGCUGGAGCCCUGGAAGGGGACCUCUUCAUUGGACCAAAAGCAGAGGAGCACCGCGGGCUGCUGGCUCUGCGCUACCCCAUGGAGCACGGCGUGGUGCGGGACUGGAAUGACAUGGAGCGCAUCUGGCAGUACGUCUACUCCAAGGACCAGCUGCAGACCUUCUCCGAGGAGCAUCCUGUUCUCCUAACGGAAGCCCCGCUCAACCCGAGUAAGAACCGGGAGAAGGCGGCAGAGGUGUUCUUCGAGACCUUCAAUGUGCCGGCCCUGUUCAUCUCCAUGCAGGCCGUGCUCAGCCUGUACGCAACAGGACGAACGACAGGAGUGGUGUUAGACUCGGGGGACGGGGUCACCCAUGCUGUCCCUAUCUACGAGGGCUUUGCCAUGCCGCAUUCCAUCAUGCGGGUGGACAUCGCUGGCCGCGACGUCUCCCGCUAUCUCCGGCUGCUGCUGCGCAAGGAAGGCUUCGACUUCCACACCUCAGCGGAGUUUGAGGUUGUUCGGACCAUCAAAGAGAGAGCCUGCUACCUGUCCAUCAACCCGCAGAAGGAUGAGGCUCUGGAGACAGAGAAGGUGCAGUACACCUUGCCGGAUGGCAGCAUGCUUGACGUGGGGCCAGCACGAUUCCGGGCCCCCGAACUGCUGUUCCAGCCAGACCUGGUAGGGGACGAGAGCGAGGGGCUCCACGAGGUGCUGGCCUUCGCCAUCCACAAGUCGGACCUGGACCUCCGCCGGACGCUGUUCGCCAACAUCGUGCUUUCAGGAGGCUCCACGCUGUUCAAAGGACUUGCUGGUUUCUCAGGCAACUGUCGGCUGCCUUCCUGCACAUAUAAACAAAUGUGCAUCAACCCCACAUACACGCAAACUGCAUGUUCUGCACGUCCCAACCAUGUAUGGCUUACUUAGCAUAUUAUCUGGAAGGUCUUGUCCUGCCAUGUAAGUUCUUCGAUAUGUCCGUGUGGUAUUUCACUGGACGAAUGUGCCACAUGGCCGUUGUCCUGCUGAUGGCCUCUUGCAGUCCCUUCUAGUCUCAGAUGUGCACCGUCAUUUCCCGUGGUGAGAACAGACCGACGGUAAAUCCCAGAGAACAGCCGGGUCAGGGCGGGUGUGCCUUUGUUAUUGGGUAGGUGCUGCCCAUUCCCUCCUGGGAGCUUGUGCCCAUUGCCUGCCCGACACUGUGUGAUCUCUGCCCACCUGACGGGCAGAAUGGUAGAUGUUUUCUCCUGACUUGUCAUUUGCCUUUGACUUUGCUUAUGGCGGGUUUUGACUGCUGGAGCAUUGGGUGAGGAAGAACGUGGGGGCCAGCAGAGCCAGGUGACUUGGGUUCUAGCUCAUGUCACCUCUCUUUGUUAGCGGGGUCACUUGCAGGCGUGGGGCUGGGUCUUUUCUGCCCCUGGAGUGGCUCGCGCCUACCCUUCAUGCCGGAAAGGGCUGCUGAAGGAAGGUGGCGGCUGGGGGGCACCAGGCUGGAUCAGGGGAGCUAGUGGUAGGAGGGCCAGAAGUGGACCCCAGGCUAGCCAGCCUUGU